AUGAAAUCCACAGCGAGCGACGGAGGCGCGCAGCCGGACAGCCUCCUAUCCGACAUGGAGGACCUGGACAGCGGCAGCGACACCUCGGACAAGUCCACCACCACCUGCGAAGGCGGCGGCUGCCGCGUCGGAGUGCGCCGGAGCGUGUCGCCGGUGAAGAGGAGGAAGAGGAGGACGAGGAGGAGGGCGGUGGUGAUGGGGGGCGGCGGCGACAGGCGCCUGGCGGCGGGGAUCAGCAAACAGCGGCAGGCGGCCAACGCGCGGGAGAGAGACCGCACGCACAGCGUCAACACCGCCUUCACGGCGCUGCGCACACUUAUCCCCACCGAGCCCGCUGACCGGAAGCUGUCCAAGAUCGAGACGCUGCGCCUGGCUUCCAGCUACAUCUCCCACCUGGCCAACGUGCUGCUGCAGGAGGAGGCGUGCCGCGACGGACAGCCGUGUCUCCACUUCCAGAGCAUCCUGCAGGGCAGCGCCGACCUCAGCGGCUCCUCCCUGCGGCCCAUAUGCACUUUCUGCCUCAGCAACCAGAGGAAACUGCUCAGAGACGGAGGGAAACACGCCACGACGGGUUAA